GCUGGCUGUGCUGCUGCUGCUGCUGGACCAACUGGACCUUUCUGGGCUACCCUGGUGGACCUGGACUGGACUGUCUGCAACUUGUUUGAGAGUCACUAGACUAUUUGGGGGGAGGGGUGGUGGUUGACUCUCUAGUCUCGGUGGCUUGAGGGAAGUGAAAAUUAUGAGUGUGGUCAUGUGAAGAAAGGAAUUCUUCAAGGUAUGUUUAUAAGGAGCUGUCAAGAGCCAACAAAUAUGGUGGAGCUACAUAACCAGAAUUGGGAUGCCCAUCAAAGGGCCUUGCUCAGGGCAUGCUGAGGUGAUGCAGACACUUGUGAAAAGUCCAUGCUUAUGUUUGUGUUUGUGUGUCCCACAUAUUUAUUCCAUUUGAUGCAACCCCUCAAAAAGCUGGAGCAACCUUUCUCUCAGUGUUUUUCUUGUAACUGUGAUUCCUCUGGACUGUAUUACCUUAAUUAGGAAACACGGAUUGACUUUGAAGCAUUGAAGAAUGCAUCCUUUCUACUAGUAAACUGAUGUCAUCAGGCUGCAACAAAGGGAACUUGCAAAGGAAACUUUGAGUGGAAGGGUCCCCUCAUGCUGACCUGUUCAGUGUUGCAGAAAAGCAAAAUCUUCAUGACACUUUGGAGUAGCAUGUACCUUCCUCAUUGAUAUACUAAGGAAAGCUCCACAGGGGGACAUUUGGCAGUCAAAAGGAGCAAUCUGGAUUUUCUGCCAAAAAGAAGGGGCUGCUGGAUCCUCGAUGGCUGGUGGCAGCGGUGGACGCGAGACUGCUGUUACAGAAUCCCAGGAGCCGGUGGUGGAUCUGGAGCGUGAUUGGCAGGACGACCCGCCUCCGGUGGCUGUGGCUGUUGACCCGGUGGAUGUUCCUGGUAAGGAUGCUGCACCACACUACGGAUAUCAUUGGCCUUGGGGGCCUUGGGCACAGGGGGCCGCUGCAGGUGCGGCUGGAGCUCACCCAGAGCCUUCCCCUGCACAGUUGUCUGUUCAUCCUCAGCAGGCGGUGACCCCCCCCCCUCAUGGGGGAAUGCCAGUAUGGCCGCAUAUUUGGGCGCAAUGGGUUGGCCUGGGUAUCCUGCCACGCAUUGGGGUUUUUAUCCUUCUACUCCCUUGGCCUACGGACAGGUUCCUUUUAAUGCAAUGCCGUUUGGGGACACGGCCUUGCCCCUAGGGGACCAUUUGACACAGUCCACACGGGACAAGAUACUGCGGGGAGAGUAUGUUGACAUCUUUUCCCUUCUUUUUCGCGAAUUGGAAAAGAAGGAUAAAGAUGACAUGGAUGAAAGGGAUAAGGAGAGGCUUAAGAGGAGGAAGGUUGAGAAGACGUGGAACAAUUGGCUUCCAGGCUUCCUAGUCUAUGCUGGCGUGAUUGCUAGGGCCCAGCCCGCUCGGGCUGCGUCCCUCUUUCAGUAUUUAGAUAUUAUUUUAAAGGGCUACACGGGCUUCUCAGGUGCUGCAUGGAUGCAGUACGAUGAGGAGUUCCGGAUGCGGGCAGCCAUGCAUCCGAGCUUGCCGUGGGAUCGCAUUCACCAGCAGCUCUGGUUGCAGGUGAUGUCUCCGGCUAAGCCAAAUCUGGGAGACCGGUCGGAUAGCGGCCAUGUGGUUCAUCGCAGUUCCCAAUCAACCAGUACCCGCGUAGGAGCGGGGCAGCAGGUUCAACCCCGGUUGCUCUGCUGGGAAUUUGCGUAUAAGGGCACUUGUCUUAGAAAGCCCUGCCGUUACAAACACGAGUGCCCUCUUGUGCGGGUCCACACUCCUACAAUGCCUGUGGCAAGGCGCGACAGGGAUGGAGUGGUAAAAGGCCUGGCGGCAGUGGUUCAGGGGGGCAACAGCCCCCUGGAAAAGGGCCCCAGCCCGGUAAGGCUGAGGGUCCUUGAGCGCCUGCUGCGAGCUUACCCUAAAAAGGAUGAUGCUGUUUAUUUGUUUGAAGGUUUUAAUGUUGGGUUUAGGAUCCCAGUUCAGGGACCUAGGGCACCGUUUAUGGCUGAUAAUCUACGUUCGGUUCAGGGUAUGGAGGACGUGGUUAGGCGAAGAUUGAGAAGGAAUGUGCUGAAGGGAGGGUUCUUGGUCCAUUUGUGGCUCCACCAACUCCCAACUUCAGGGUGUCCCCGUUAGGGGUGGUGCCAAAGAAGGCAGAGGGCGAAUUCCGCCUUAUUCACCACCUUUCCUACCCUAAGGGGGAUUCGGUUAAUGACACUAUUCCAGAACACUUGUGUUCUGUUCGGUAUACCUCUUUUGACCAAGCAGUCAAGGUGGUACGUGGGUGUGGAGUGGGUGCGGAGAUGGCGAAAUGUGAUAUCAAGUCGGCAUUUCGUCUUCUCCCUGUCCACCCCGGUGAUUUUGAACUUUUAGGUUUUGCCUUUGAAGGCAAAUAUUACAUGGACCGUGCCUUACCGAUGGGCUGUUCUGUUUCCUGCGCGGCCUUUGAGCGUUUCAGCUCCUUUUUGGAGUGGGAAUUGAGGAGGCGUGCAGGUAGUCGUGACUCCGCCCAUUAUUUAGAUGACUUCCUUUUUGUUGGGCGGGCGGGGUCAUCUGAGUGUGCCAGGUUGCUGGACACUUUUCUUAGAUUGGCUGAGGAGCUGGGGGUCCCUUUGGCUCAUGAGAAGACCGAAGGGCCUUCCACUGUGCUCACCUUUUUGGGGAUCGAGUUAGACACGGUCCAGCAAUCCAUGAGAUUGCCGUUGAAUAAGGUGGACGAUCUUCGAGCUCGUCUGCAGGAGUUUAAGGUUAAGCGCAAGGCUUCCUUGAUUGAGUUACAGCAGCUGGUGGGGCAUCUCAAUUUUGCCUGUAAGGCCAUUGCUCCUGGUAGGGCCUUUUUACGUCGGCUAUGCGACGCUAUGGCCCCUUUGCGUGCACCCCAUCACCGCUUGAGGGUGACGAGUGGCAUGCGCGAUGAUCUGGAUGUUUGGUCUGAAUUUGUUGAAGGGUUUAAUGGUGUGACACUUUGGCGAGAGGAGUUAUUGCUUGAAGCCGAGUUGCAAGUUACGUCAGACGCCUCAGGGUCUACUGGCUUUGGCGUUUAUUUUCGGAGGCACUGGUGUGCGGAGCAGUGGCCGCCUGAUUGGUUGGCAUCUGAUUUAGUGAGGGACCUUACUUUUCUGGAGUUCUUUCCCAUUCUGGUGGCUGUACACCUGUGGGGUGACGAGUUAGCCAACCACUCUGUCCACUUUUGGUGCGACAAUCAGGCAGUGGUUCACGUGGUUAACUCCUUGACCUCCAGGUCCCCUAGGGUCAUGAGGUUGGUUAGGUCCUUUACCUUGCAGUGUCUUCGGUGCAAUAUUUUGUUUAAAGCUAGACACGUUCCUGGAAGUAACAACGGAGUGGCAGACGCUUUGUCUCGCCAACAGAUGGAGCGUUUCUGGCAGCUUGCACCAGCAGCCGACCCGCAGCCAGCUGUGAUGCCCGUAGACCUAUGGCGGCUUGGGAAGCCGAAGCCUGCCGGGCCAUCCAGCUCGCCAUCGCGCCUAGUACAUGAAGAGCGUAUUGGAGAGCGGUAGGCCAGUUGGAAGAGUUUCGACGUGAAGCUGGUAUUGGUUGUAUAUGGCCCGUCCCCGUGGAGCAUGUUAUCCGGUUUUGUGUUAGACAGAAGGGCCGUGGGUUGGCUGUUAAGUUCAUUCGGGGGCAGCUUGCGGCCUUAGCUUUUGUUAGUAAGGCUCGGGGAUUGUCUGAGGCCACGGGCGAUUUCCGGGUGCAAAAGAUGCUCGAGGGUUGGUCCAGGGAGAGUGGGGCUCGCGCGGAUCCCCGCGUUCCCAUCUCACCCUCUGUGUUGAAGGGCUUAAGGGUUGCUUGGAAAGCUAUUUGUACCUCAGGAUAUGAGGUGCGGCUCUUUCAUGCAGCUGCUUUAACUGCCUUUUUCGGGGCGUUGAGGGUGAGUGAGCUUGUAGUGGCGUCCGCCAGGGAUCGGUCUGGUCGUGCCCUUAUGGCAGGUGAUCUUCAGUUCGUUGGAGACGUCGUAUCUUUGACUAUUCGUAGAUCCAAAACGGACCAGAAGCAAAGAGGGGUAAGUGUGCGGUUGGGUUCUUGCACUGACCUUGAGCUGUGUCCAGUUAGGGCCUUGAGGAAAUAUUGGCGGGUGCGGGGGGAUGGGCACGGUUGCCUUUUUCGGCACCAGGAUGGUUCCCCACUGACCUGCUACCAGUUUUGGGCAGUGACAAAAAAGGCCUUGGCCAGGUUGGGCCUGCAAGGGGAGAGUUUUGGUACCCACUCUUUUAGAAUCGGGGCUGCGUCAACGGCUGCAGCCAUGGGGUACUCUGGUCAAGUUAUUCAGAGGGUUGGCAGGUGGCGGUCUAAUGCCUAUCGUUCUUAUGUGCGUCCCUUGUCCAAGUUCUAAGAGUUUUGAUUGUUUUUGUUUCCUAGGUGUGUUUCGCAGGGGACGGCAGCGUAUCCUGAUAUGUGGGCACAGCUACAUUUUUUGGGCGGCUCACCAAGCGCGAAGGACGCCCGUCGGGUCUCAGCUUGGGCUGAGUGAGCGGGCCGAAAUUGAGUGGCGGGGCCGACGGGGCCUCCGGUGGUCUGGCUUGUUGCCAGUGUUGUUUGGUAUGGGGAGUGGUGAUCCACCUCACAUACUAGUAGUUCAUUUGGGUGCCAAUGAUUUGGGCCUUUUACAAGGCAAGGCUUUGACUUCUCAGGCGUUGUCUGACAUGCGCCUCAUUGUCUCUCGGUGGCCGGGGGUGCUGAUUAUGUGGUCAGCAAUGAUUCCUCGGCGGGUUUGGAGGGAGGCGGAGAAUCGCACUGCCAUUGAGCGGGCGAGGAUGAAAGCCAAUAGAGCCAUCCAAAAGGGUUUGGGGGAAGGGUUGGGCGUAUAUUUGCCCCACCCUCGGAUCAGGGCCAAGUUCCCCAACCUUUACAGAGGUGAUGGGGUGCAUUUGUCCCAAGCGGGCAAUGUGAUUUUUCUAAAUGAUUUGCGGCAAGGGCUUGAGUUGGCCUUGGGCUAUCAGUGGGGUGCCAGGGCCUAAGCAGAGGCUUGGCCUGGGCGUUGGCUGGUUUGAGUUGGAGUAGGGUGCGGGCUGGUGAGCACCCUUGGCGCUUCUCUAUUGAUGGGAAGAGGGGCCUGCCUAGAGGCUGGUACUGCUUUGACGGCUGCCAGAUGCAGAGGCAGGCUGCCUUCGGAAACCCCAGCCUGCAAGUCCUUCCCUCACUGCUAUACGGCUGAGAUGUUUAGGAGCUUAAAGGGGGGUGACCAAAUUGCCUGGCCGGCCAGGUCCGCUCCAUCCAUCGGAUGGAUCCCACCCGGGGCUUCGGGGCUCGCCCAGACAGGUCAAGGCAGUGGUCUAAGGGACCCCAUGGCUUGAUCUGUACCACUUUAGGUCCUUGCCGCUGUUUGGCUUGUUUAUAGUUGUAUUAAGUUAAUAAAGUGGCCCUUAGAUCCAGCACGGUGUCUGUCUAUUUAUUCCGACUGCGGGGCAAUGCGGCCCUUUCCUGGCACGCUGCAAGCAGCUUAGCCAGGGGCCGUUGACUGCCGCUCCGGAGGAUGGGAGACAGCACCUCCCCCACCUCCAUAUAUGGAGUGGCUGGAAGGGCGGAGCAGGAGCCGUUUGCGGCUGCUCUGCCCUUCCCAGCCUCAGUUGGGUUUGUCGCUCGGCCCACCCUCCUCUCCCUGUUUUGGUGUGGGAUUAGCUGGCUGCAGUAUUCUGAGCCAGGUAGGAAUUUUUUCCACCUUUGUCUGUAUUGGCUUUGGAUGAAGGGGUUUUUUUGCCUACCUUGCACCAAUUUUGGGUAGAGGUGAUUGGCUAGGGUGAGGCCUGUUAGUUUUGCCUGGCUGGUUUGAGUUGGAGUAGGGUGCGGGCUGGCGAGCACCCUUGGCGCUUCUCUAUUGAUGGGAAGAGGGGCCUGCCUAGAGGCUGGUACUGCUUUGACGGCUGCCAGAUGCAGAGGCAGGCUGCCUUCGGGAACCCCAGCCUGCAAGUCCUUCCCUCACUGCUAUACGGCUGAGGUGUUUAGGAGCUUAAAGGGGGGUGACCAAAUUGCCUGGCCGGCCGGGUCCGCUCCAUCCAUCGGAUGGAUCCCACUCGGGGCUUCGGGGCUCGCCCAGACAGGUCAAGGCGGUGGUCUAAGGGACCCCGUGGCUUGAUCUGUACCGCUUUAGGUCCUUGCCGCUGUUUGGCUUGUUUAUAGUUGUAUUAAGUUAAUAAAGUGGCCCUUAGAUCCAGCACGGUGUCUGUCUAUUUAUUCCGACUGGGGGGGGCAAAUUAGACUUAUGCUGACCAUGCAAACUAUCCUCAAAAGUGUAAGAGGAAAUCAAUGCUAUGAAGCAAGACUGUUCACUACUGACCUUUUCUAAAAUUCUUUUGAAUCAAGACUAUAUCAGUGAUUUACAAUAUUACAUCACUCUCCACUGGCCUUGUAACCUCAUCCUGCCCUCUUUCCUUUGUUUUUCCCAUUUGUAGAAACAGACUACUCUCCCAGGCUGAUCCCACCAUCUGUAACCUCAUCUGCAAUUAAUUGACUCCCAGACUCUCUUCUCUUCACAUUUGUUCUGUUUGCCUUA